AUGAAGCAGGUAAUGCUGUUGCUACUAUGGGCUGCCAUUGUUCAUGGGGUAAUAAGGGUUCCCCUGAAGAGGCAGAAGUCUAUGCGAAAAUCUCUUAAGGAGAAGGGGAGACUCCACAGACUCUGGACUUCACAAGGGCUAGAUAUGAUUCAGUACACAGAGUCAUGUAACCUCGGACAAACGCCUAGUGAGCCCCUCAUUAACUACAUGGAUGUUGAAUAUUUUGGAGAGAUCUCCAUUGGAUCCCCUCCUCAGAACUUCACAGUGAUAUUUGACACCGGCUCGUCAAACCUUUGGGUCCCAUCUGUUUAUUGUACAAGCUCAGCCUGCACUCAACAUUCCAGGUUCCAGCCCAGCCAAUCAAACACCUACAGCAAUGAUGGGAGUAAGUUUUCCAUUCAGUACGGAACAGGCAGCCUAUCGGGUAUAAUAGGAACAGACCAGGUUAUUGUGCAAGGUAUAAAUGUGCAGAACCAACAGUUUGGAGAAAGCGUGUCAGAACCAGGAAGCACGUUUGUUGAUGCAGAAUUUGACGGUAUCUUGGGCCUGGCAUACCCAUCAUUGGCAGUGGGAGACUGCACCCCUGUAUUUGAUAACAUGAUAGCUCAGAAUCUAGUGGAAAUGCCACUGUUUGGGGUUUAUUUGAGCAGGGAUUCUAGCUCUUCCGUUGGAGGAGAACUGAUUUUUGGGGGAUUUGAUUCAUCUCGUUUCUCUGGUCAGCUAAACUGGGUCCCCGUUUCUAACCAAGGAUACUGGCAGAUCCAGCUGGAUAACAUUCUGGUAGGAGGUGAAGUUGUGUUCUGCAGUGGGGGAUGUCAAGCCAUCGUAGAUACUGGUACUUCCAUGAUCACAGGCCCACCAAGUGAUAUCAUUCAACUUCAAAAUGCAAUUGGAGCCACAGAUUCAGAUGGGGAGUAUGUUGUGGAGUGCAGUAAUCUCAAUGUGAUGCCUGCAGUGACAUUUACAAUCAAUGGUGUUGGAUAUACAUUGACGGCUGAGCAGUACACACUCAUGGAUGGCCCAUACUCCUGCAGUAGUGGUUUCCAGGGUCUUGAUAUUCAGCCACCAGCUGGCCCCUUGUGGAUUCUUGGGGAUGUUUUCAUUGGACAGUAUUACUCUGUAUUUGAUCGUGGUAAUAACAGGGUUGGGCUCGCCCCAGUGGUUCCUUAACCAUCAGAUUCUUAUGAAGUGCAAACCAGA